AUGACUUCAUUCAGAAGCAAGCAGGUGGUUCAUAAAGGGUUUAUGCCUACCUUUAAAGUACAGGGUCAGGUUUACCACGUUGCCGGCAGUCUUUUUCCACAUCAAGUAUCUAAACGAUGUAACAGAGAGAUCCUCGACAGCAUAUUAAUGAGAUCCAUACAAGACAUGUUCAACACUCAUAAUAGACAUGUAAAGUCUUUUAAAACAGCCAUUGAAAGCGUUACUUCUAAUGUUACAGACUAUAAAUUGGUAAUUCACUCUAACAAAGUUCCGAAUGGUGAACAUCGCGGUCGUUAUCGAGGUAGCCGUUAUAAUUACAGGACAACAAUUCGACAAAAGAGACAUUGUACUGCGAUGUCGUGA